AUGCUCCCUCGGGAAUCAACCGGUAACCGAGGAGACGAUAUUGCGAAGGAGGCAGUCGCUGUAAAGGACAACAUCCGGCGCUCGAAAUCCGUCGAGAACGACGAUGAGGGUCCAUCCACAUCGAAGGGUCCAUCCACAUCGACGAUUCCGCCAAUCUAUCCGGUGAAAGUAAGAAACCUAUCUCUUUCUUUCGAUUAUAGUAGCGAAGGAAACAGAAACGUCCCGGAAUCGACUGGGGAACGUAAUCUGGCUGAAACCCUCCCAAAUAGGGUUUUCGCUGUGGAUUGCUAUCCGGAGCCAGGGCGGAUGAACAUAUAUGAGAAAGCCAAAUUCAUUGGACGCGUCGCCGCAGCAUUAGCCGGAACACCGGCCCUGAAAACAAUUCUCGAUUCUCAGUUCAAGCACCUGUUCAUGUUGCCUGUUCGUAGAUGUUCUAAUUCCGGGAAACUCAUCCACGCAAUACUGGCGAGGCAGCUGGUAACGAAGAGGAAAUACGAGAUCUGGUCGGUCUUUGGAGGGAAGCCAUUCAGGUUCUCCAUCCGGGAAUUCGAACGUGUAACGGGUUUGGUGUGCUCUAGACUUCCCAAAGGCCACACAUAUCCACCUGCAGUACCAAAGGAACGGUCGAGUACGUGGAAAGAGCUAUUCGGAAGGAAUUGUACACGCGUGACUGUGGAGGGAGCUCUGUCUAAGCUCAAUGGGAAGGAUAUAUCCGACCGUAAGCGGUUGUAUCUGGCUCUGAUCAUUCUCGUUGACGGUGUCAUCCUUGGCAACAAGCCACCGAAUAUCACACCCGCGUACGUGGAUAUGCUGAAGAUGUACAGAACUUUCUACAAUUCCCGUGGGGGCGGUUAUCAUUCCUUAGCACCCUAUCCCGUUUCGGGCCAGCACCGCUAUCACCUUUAA